AUGCCUCCAAGCAUCAUCGAAAUGAGCGCCGAAGAGCUAAAACAAGCGGGAAACAAAUUCUUCCAAAACGGCGAUUGGCUAUCAGCGGAUAAAAAGUAUUCGCAAGCAAUAGCAAUCGACUCUACCAACUACACUCUUUUCACAAACCGCGCACUGGUGCGGAUGAAGCUUCUGAGAUAUGACGACGUCAUAGAUGAUUGCACAUCCGCCAUCAACCUCAAUCGAGAUGCUAUGAAGGGUUAUUACAUGGCUGCCCAAGCCUUAAUCCAGCUCUCCCGACCAAGCGAGGCCCUUGGCUAUGCUCACACGGCUUACCAGCUAGCCGUGGCUCAAAAUUCUAAGUCCGCCACGGAUGUCGCCAAUGUCGUUUUGGAGGCCAAAAAACAGCGAUGGAGGAAACAGGAAAGAAAUAGGAUUGAUAGAGAUAACUCUAUGUUAAAGCAAAUGAAGGAGCUGGUUAAAAGGGACUCGGAACGGAAGAUCCUGGACCUCAGGGAGCAACAGUGGGAUUCGCCGAGCGGCGAAAGAGACCUUGAAAGCGAAAUCGCUGUUAUUAGGGAAGAUGCGAGAGUACAGAUGGAUGAAUUGGAGAAUGUGUUUGCGAGGGCAGACCCACAAAGAUAUAAGCCGAGAGAGGUACCGGACUAUUUGAUGGAUUCUAUAUCAUUUAGUAUCAUGACAGAUCCUGUAGUAACGAAGAACGGCCAUUCGUAUGACCGCCCUGUCAUCAUGGACCAUCUUCGAAGGAGCAACACGGACCCGUUGACGAGAGAGCCCUUAAGCGUUUCAGACCUAAGGCCAAAUCUAGCACUAAAGCAAGUUUGUGCGGAGUUUCUAGAGGAGAACGCCGGGUGGGCCGUUGAUUACUAG